CCUCUGGGCCUCACAUAAUCCCAUUCCCAUUUCCCUCCCAGGCUCCCAGUCGACACUCGAGUACUCGACAGCCACAUAAUCCGAUUGCUUACUCCUCCUCACAGCCAUUUGUGCACUGCUUACUCCUCCUCACAGCCACCGCGACAGAGUCUUCUCCCCUCUCCUCACAGGUGGCUGGCGGAUUAAUAGGAAGGUGCUGCUGUACGAUGGUAAAUGCAAUCAAAGGACUCUUCAUUUCCUGCGAUAUACCUAUGGCGCAGUUCAUCAUCAAUAUGAACGCAAAUUUGCCGGCAAACCAAAAAUUCAUAAUACAUGUACUUGAUAAUACUCGCUUGUUUGUGCAGCCUCACGCUGCUGAGAUGAUAAGAAGCGAAAUUUCCAGUUUUAGAGAGGCCAAUACUUAUGAAAAACCUCCGUAAUCAAACUUUUGUUUCAGUAGUGAUAAGAAAUCUUAAUGUUGUGUAUUCAACAUCAGUAUUUGCCAUGUAAUACGUAGUAUGAAAGUGCAUUUUGAAGUGUGAAAUGUACAUCUAAUGUCCCCCAAUAGUUUUGAUCAUUCAAGACAAUGUAUUAAUAAAUGUGUUGUACUUAAUAGAUGGUAUAAAGAUUAGGUGUUG